AUGGCGAAAGCACAACUGAGAGACCUCAUGGUCCGCGACCAUGGCCAGGUCGCCUUGGCCCACGUAAAGUGGUGUCAUAAAUACAACUCAAUUGACGACAGUCUGAGCGAUUGGACUCAUGGACCUGUCAAGAUUUCCUCGACAGGGGAACUCAUUCUCGAGGACAAUGUGAUUAUUCCGAACCUACGCAAAUGCCAGCUUCAGCUGUUUUCGAGACCACAUCUUGUGAAGAUCACAGAUAUUGAAAACACCAAGGUCUUCAUCGAGGCUGUGGAGACUGAGUUCUGGUCGCUACUUGCAGGAUUGAUGGUUUGGCAGAAUCUGCGUCCCAAGGGAAUUAACAACAAACAUACCACAAACCGGUUCUUGUCGCAGGAGGCAAGGGUCAAGGCCGAUGACCCAUUGGUGUGCCGGUUCAAAGUGUAUGGACCCUCGCCAAAGAAUAAGAAGGUGGGGCUACAGGAAGAACCCAAGUCUCCAAUUUACCAGGCAGCCAGGGGUGAAAAGGAAGGCUGGUUCAACGCAAUGGGGAUCUUAAGACCCGACGGAAUGUUAGACCUGCUCUGUGAGACCGACGGGUCGCUAUUGUACACAGUGGACGUGACCAAGCUUUUUGGCUCCGAGAUACGACAGCUGCACCAAACAGUGUUCCAACACCCCAACAUUCUUUUCCUCGGACAGAUCAACGGCCUGCGCAGCUCUUACAGAUAUGCCAACGAAACAGACACCGACGACCAUGCGCCGUUCAUUUUAAAGAACAACCAGCGGUUCUCCUCACAGAAACGAGUCCUCAUUUUAUUCGAGCUGGGGAUCGACCUGGAGGACUGGUUCGUUGCGCUGAAAUCAUUCACCAAACUGGAGUUCCUGGGUAACCAGUUCACGGAAACACGUCUGCGGCCAGACAAGACGUACUCGUUGGAGGUGGUGGAGGCCAGCUUCUCCGAUAAAGCACAGGUGCACGAAAAACUCAAUGUCUACCUCGAGGUGGAUCUCUGGGAAGCACCAUGGUUCAGAACAGCAAUUGUGCCCAAUACCAACAAGACACCGUUCUGGAAAGAGCCAAUCGACCUCGAACUGCCGCCUGUGGUCGAGUCGGUGACUCUUCUACUGAAAUCUUCGAACAAUCCUACAGUGUACAACAAUAUGGAGACAGACCCCACAAUAGGCUGGGUUUCUGUCACUUCCGACAUUCUUAACAACCCUCAGAACAUGGUGAAGGUUCCCUUGCACGACAAAGACGGUCACGAGCUGGGCUAUGUGACGCUGAGCUCGGAUCCGUCCGAGUGCCGCGUCUUGACCGGUCAAGACUUCACUAAGUUUGAGGACGCUCUAGAACAAUUUGAAAUCGGGGAGUUGCUCGACUUUCUAACCCCCUAUCUGAAACCAAACAAUAUAGACGGCUGGUCCAGGAUGCUGCUGGACGUUUACCAGAGUCUCCAUUUGGAGAAAAUGUACAUUGACAAUCUACUGUCGUUGGAGCUCAAAUCUUUUAGACACUCUAGCAAUUUCGAUCCAGACGCCAAGAACCCUUACAAUACCCUGUUUAGAAACAGCUCGCUUUUUUCGAAGACGCUGGAGGUCUACCAGAUCAGAAUAGGCCAGGAGUAUUUGGAGAAAAUGCUUGGUGGCUUCAUUGCCAAAGUGUGCCAAGAGGGUCUUGUGUGCGACCCGGACCCAAAGAAAUACCGUGACAGCCACGUCAAAAACUAUAAUGCUCUACUUGGAUACCUGGAGGAGCUAUGGGAUAGAAUUUACAGCACGUCAAACGAUAUUCCCGAACAGUUGAAAGACGAGUGGAAACGGCUACGGGAUAAGGUCGAGGCUACCACUGGUGUGUCUGACCAGAAUGUGGCAUUGAACGCUGUGUGUUCGUUUGUGUUUCUACGGUAUAUUUGUCCUGCGAUUUUGAACCCGAAACUGUUCAACCUGUCGCAGAACCACCAGCUCGGCAGAGUCUCUGUUUCUUUACGUCUCAUCUCCAAGGUACUGAUGGCCCUUGCUAAUAGAACGAAGAUGGUCAGCUACAAAGACCCAACGCUGAUGGGCCUGAACGAGGACUUUCUGGAUCGCCACGAAGACGAGAUGCUGACUUUCUACGACCGUAUCACCGGCAGACGUCCUGAUCCGACUCCAAAUGCGCUGGAAAUGACAAACACCAUGGAACGGCCAACGUUGCAAGUUUCGAGCGAGAUCUCGAACGACCUGCCAUCGAUGCCGUUCCUUAUCGACAAGUAUCUCAUGUUCUCGCGGCUGGCGUUCCUGCUGGACUCGAAAGCGGGCGAUAGAGAGCAAGUGGAGCCGAUCAAGAGAAAAUCGGUGUCAGCGGAGUUUGACCAGGACGACGAUGAUUUUGAGUCUUCUGACUUCAUCAAGAUCCAGGUCAACCAAGAGAUGGAUCGUGUCAGCCAUUCUGCGUCUGAAAAGCUCACUGUUUCGCUGGAGAACCUGCUCCACGAGGCUUCGCUCGUGGCAUCCAAGACUCGGGCUAUGGAAGGAAAGGUGUCGCAGAACGAGUCGCCGGCCAUGAUGACCACCAAGUCUUACGCACAGUUUGUUGACCAGCUACUCAAGUCGGUCACGCUGGACCACCAGCACCAGAUCAUCUACGAUCUGGCAGCACGAGAGAAUGGUAGCCUAGACAACUUCUUCAUCUCUACAAAGAAACAGUCCAGCCAGCCACGUUCACGGGCCUCUACAAUGCGUCUUCCGCGGAGUCUCAGUAUCCAGUCGAACCUGACCACGAAAACAAGCGCCGAGUCGACCUCCUCGUCCAAAAGCUCUCUGAAGAACCUGUUCAGACGUAAAUCCUUGAUUUAA